CGCCCCCGAAGCAUUUAAAACAACAUGGCUCCGUCUGUAGUGGGGUCACCGCUCGCCCCUUUCGUAGACUUGGAGUCCCAUUCGCCCACGUCGACUUAUGAAGACGUAAGACGCGGUUUGGAUCUGCUCGGUGACGGCAAAGAGCACGUCACUCUGGACGCGUCGACGGAGAAGCAAUUGCUCCCGUUCGAGAGGAUGUUCCAGUUCGAGCGCAUCAAACGUCCGUUGUCUUUCGGCCACUUGUUGCUGGUGCUAUACGCGCCGUUCGGGUUGAUCUUACUGCUCAUCCGUGGAAUUUGCUGCUUCCUUGCGGCUCUUGUCGUGCCUCGGCUCUUUUCGGAAGAGCAAAUGGAUCGCUUGCAUGUUGCUCGCCUCUUCGUGUGGCUCACGGGCACUCGAGUGCGUCUUGUGGAUGAACAUUUCUAUGCGAAAGGCGAAAACCGAGCAGAGAUCAUCGUUUCCAACCACAUUAGCGAGUUCGAUGCAGUUGCCAUGCUGAGCAUCACGCCAGCCUACAUUUUAGGCUACGAUUUCUACAAGAAUAUGCUGUUCUUCAAGCUGCUAGGAGACAAGCCUGGAGUGGUAUACGUGCCAUACGUAUCAAGACAACAGGGCAACAGUGCCGGUCGGGAUGCUGUUCGACAGAUUAUUAUGGAACGACUUGCUAGAGGCAACAAACCACUUGCUGCUUUUCCGGAGGGUGGGCUUACGAAUGGAAGGAAGGGCUUGCUGCAGUAUCACAAGUUUCUCUUCUCGCUUGAUAAAACCGUGCAACCGCUUGCUAUACGAGCAUCGGACGGACCUUUUGUAAGGAGUUUAGCUCGGAAUUGA